CUUCUGUACAGAAAGAUUCUACUACUGAUAUACAUCUAAAGCUACUGGCAGUGGUGGAAAAAGUACUCAAAUGUCAUACUUGAGUAGAAGUAAAUAUACUUUAAUAGAAAAUGACUCAAGUAAAAGUGAAGUCACCCAGUAAAAUACUACUCGAGUAUUUUGUUUUAAAUAUACAUAAGUAUCAAAAGUAAAAGUAUAAACUAUUUCAAAUGUCUUAUAUUAAGCUAACCAGACAGCACCAUUUGUAUUUUUAUUGGCGGAUAUCCAGGGGGACGCUCAGACAUAAUUUACAAAUGAAGCAUUUGUGUUUAGAGAGUCAGAUCAAAGGCAGUAUGGAUGACCAGGGAUGUUCUCUUGAUAAGUUUGCAAAUUGGACCGUUUUCCUGUCAAAAUGUUAUGAGUACUUUUGGGUGUCAGGGAAAAGGUAUGGUGUAAACAGUACAUUAUUUUCUUUAGGAAUGUAGUAAAAAAUUGGCAAAACUAUAAAUAGUACAGUACAGAUACCCCCCCAAAAACAUUUUUAUUUUUACUUAAGUACUUUACACUACUGGAUAUCAGGACAACACCAGAUAAUAGUAAUAUAUCAUUAUGUGAUGUCAUGAGUAGAAUAAUAGAAUAUUCCAUGUUUUUGAUCAUACCCUCACAUUAACAAUGCUGUUCAAACAAAAGCUAACAAUGUAUGGAAAAUGACUUGCUUUUAUAUGGUCGUGUGGGGUAUGAACUGGUAUUAGCUAGCUUUGACUGGUUUGUCCGGCUGUGCCUCAUUCUCCUAGGUGCAGUUGGAUGCCACGUAAAGCCCAUUACUAUUGUAUAGGUAAGGCAGGACAGAGGAUGCCUAAACCUUAUGUAAUAUUGUUUACGAGGUGGCAGGGUAGCCUAGUGGUUAGAGUGUUGUACUAGUAACGGAAAGGUUGCAAGUUCAAAUCCCCAAGCUGACAAGGUACAAAUCUGUUGUUCUGCCCCUGAACAAGGCAGUUUAACCCACUGUUCCUAGAAAAUAAGAAUUUGUUCUUAACUGACUUUCCUAGUAAAAUAAAGGUAAAAUAAAAGUCACGUGACUAAGGGUAUAUAAGAUGACAGCAGUAUGUGUACUGGCAUAAUUCAUUAUAAAGUAAUGGAUUUGGUGUACAAAUAAUAUUGUUAAAUACAGAGAUACCAGUCACAUCACUGUGAUUCCCAAGUGGAAACAGUGACUCAUUAAUCUGUGAACAAAUAUUUCAGAGAGAAUAACCCAGAUCAUUUGAAUGGGCUGAAACUAUUUUUGCAUCUCAGCUGUGGGAAUUUCAGCUGUGUCACUCUGGUUAGAGACAGAAAACCACCUCAUCCUGUCCAGACAACUGCAAAUAGACGUAUCAAACCUCUUCUUUAUAUGAAUAUACGCAUAUAAAGGUAGACCAAAAAAAAGCAUUUCACAGACCAACAUAUAGUAGAAUAACAAUACAAUAAAUAUUAGUUGCUCUAGUUUGAGGUGGUUCUCACCUCUUCUUGGAAGUCACGAGUCAUGACUGUCUUAUGGCAGACUAACGUCUGCAAAGCAGUACCCGUGGCCCAAGUGUUUUUUAGGGCCUGUAACAUGUUUGCUCUUGGGACAAUGGAGAGGGGGAGAUGGGAAACCUGUUACAUCAGUACAACAGAGAAAGGAGUGCAGGUGCCUUCACAGGGAGGGGCCUAGCUGAAGGCAGAUGACGUGACCUUGCCUUUGCUUUCUACCAUUCCACAUCCCCAUAGACUGUUCUUGAAGGGUUGAGUGAGCAUCGGAAUCAACAAUAUUCCAAAAGUCCCUGGAGAACUAUUUGCCAUACAUUUUCAGCCUUAUCAUCAUUUGAGCUCAUUGAACUUGAACUUGAUUUAAUCAAUGACUGCAUACUAGAAAGAGGAGAGUUAGUCUACCAAGAGGUGUGGCAACGCUGGAGUGGAUCAAGAGAAGUUGAAGGAAUAUUUGUGAUCGUCCAUUUGUUGCCUUUUCAUCAUUUGAGAUUAUUUCACCACCUGCAUACUUGGAAGAGGAGAAAAGCCCAUUGUGACAUCUCAGUACAUUUAAAAAGGCGCCACCAGCAGACCAUUCAAGAUGGAUAAGUUCCGUAUGAUGUUCCAGUUCCUCCAAUCCAACCAGGAGUCCUUCAUGAAUGGCAUCUGUGGUAUCAUGGCCCUAGCUAGCGCCCAGCUCUACUCAGCCUUCGAGUUUAGCUGCCCUUGUAUCCCGGAGUACAACUACGCCUACGGGAUUGGACUGCUGGUUAUCCCACCUAUAUGGUUCUUCCUACUAGGGUUCGUGUUGAAUAACAAUGUUUCGAUGUUAGCUGAGGAGUGGAAAAGGCCGACGGGGAAGAGGGUGAAGGAUCCGACGAUCCUCCGUUACAUGUUCGUUUCGAUCACGCAGCGGUCCUUGAUCGCGCCCAUGGUGUGGAUAUCUGUGACUCUUAUGGACGGGAAGAGCUUCCUGUGUGCGUUCAGCGUCAACUUGGACAUUCAUCAGUUUGGGAAUUCGACCCUCAUUGAGGGAAUGACGGAAGUGGAGAUUGUUAAAUUGUUAGCGAAGAUUCCAUGCAAGAAUAUCUUCAAUCAGCCCGAGGUGAUAUCGAGAGAAGCGGCAUCGAGAUAUAUCAAGUGUAUAUCCCAGGCGUUUGGCUGGGUAUUCCUGCUGCUGAUGACCUUAGCAGCCUUCAUGAUACGAGCCAUCCGACCCUGCUUCACCCAAGCUGCCUUCCUCAAGACCAAAUACUGGUCUCACUACGUCGACAUCGAACGCAAGCUCUUCGACGAGACGUGCAAGGAGCACGCCAAGACCUUCGCCAAGGUCUGCAUCCAGCAGUACUUUGAGAGCAUCAGCGGCGACAUGCGCAGCUUCCACAAGCGCCGGUCAAGCAAAGACGAUAGCGACGAUGAUGAUGAUGACAAGAAGAAGAGCGACGAGGACAAGCUUCUCGGGAUCCACGACCAGGACGAUAUGAACAAAGUUCUGUGGAAUUGGCACACGUGUAAGCCGCCUCUGGCACUGAGGAAGGAACAGUCGGAUGGAGAAUCCCAUGAAGGGCUCAUACCAAAUGGAGACGUCCAUGGAGUCAGUGGAGGACCAAAUGGAUAUGCUAACGGUCACGCUCCUGAUUUGCCUAAGAGGGAAUGGGCGGUAUACUACAGCAAAGUUUGAACAUUUCAAAAGAGGAAAAAGCACCAUUUACUGUGGCAUGGAUAUUUUUGAUUGACUAUUUAGACUGAUAAGACUGAUUGUCCUUUACGAUUUAGACUGUGGUUUAAAGAUAGAAUUGAAGUCCUUUUUGUAGUGUGAUUAUUUAUAAUAAUUCAUAUUUUGAUGGAGGGCUUAGUUGGAAAUGAUUCCUGGCAUCCAACAUCAAACACUCCCAAAUUGGCACUUUUGUUGCUCCUUGGUUUCAGAGUGGUUAACUGUAUUUUUUGUCAGAGCACCCAAAGGGGGAACCUUACUUGAGUUGUUGUACAUAAUGUGUCAGAUAUGUCAUGAGGAUGUACAGUCUGUUUCUUGUUAUUACUGCUAUGUGUAGACUUAAAAAAAAUAUUUAUCAAUUAAACUAAACAUCAAAUGGCUCCUCGUAGAAUCUCGAUGAAAUGUUUCCUUUAGCCCAACACUACUGUGGAAGCCUAAAUUCAUAACUUUUUUAUUCAUCCUAGCUUACAUAAAAAGCAUAAUUCUGAGACACCCCCCCCCUCCCUAAAAUGUGUUUGUAAUAUUUUAUUUCGUUUUCCUACCAGGAAAUACAGUACAAGUCAGAAGUUUACAUACACCGUUGCCAGAUACAUUUAAACUCAUUUUCUCACAAUUCCUGACAUUUAAUCCCAGUAAAAAUUCCCUGUUUUAGGUCAGUUAGGAUCACCACUUAACUUUAAGAAUGUGAAAUGCCAGAAUAAUAGUAGAGAGAAUGAUUUAUUUCAGAUUUGAUUUCUUUCAUCACAUUCCCAGUGGGUCAGAAGUUUACAUACACUCAAAUAGUAUUUGGUUGAAUUGCCUUGAAAUUGUUUAACUUUGGUCAAACGUUUUGGGUAGCCUUCCAGAAGCUUCCCACACUAAGUUGGGUGAAUUUUGGCCCAUUCCUCCUGACAGAGCUGGUGUAACUGAGUCAGGUUUGUAGGCCUCCUUGCUCGCACACACCUUUUCAGUUCUUGAUUGAAGUCAGGGCUUUGUGAUGGCCACUCCAAUACCUUGACUAUGUUGUCCUUAAGUGAUUUUUCCAGAACUUUGGAAGUAUGCAUGAGGUCAAUGUCCAUUUGGAAGACCCAUUUGCGACCAAGCUUUAACUUCCUGACUGAUGUCUUGAGAUGUUGCUUCAAUAUAUCCAAUUAAUUUUCCUCCUCAUGAUGCCAUCUAUUUUGUGAAGUGGACCAGUUCCUCCUGCAGCAAAGCACCCCACAACAUGAUGCUUCCACCCCAGUGCUUCACAGUUGGGAUGGUGUUAUUUGGCUUGCAAGCCUCCCCCUUUGUUCUCCAAACAUAAUGAUGGUCAUUAUGGCCAAACAGUUCCAUUUUUGUUUCAUCAGACCAGAGGACAAUUCUCCAAAAAGUAUGAUCUUUGUCCCCAUGUGCAGUUGCAAACUGUAGUCUGGCUUUUUGAUGGCGGUUUUGGAGCAGUGGCUUCUUCCUUGUUGAGCGGCCUUUCAGGUUAUGUCGAUAUAGGAUUUGUUUUACUGUGGCUAUAGAUACUUUUGUACCUGUUUCCUCCAGCAUCUUCACAAGGUCCUUUACUGUUGUUCUGGGAUUGAUUUGCACUUUUCGCACCAAAGUACGUUCAUCUCUAGGAGACAGAGCGGUUCCUGAGCGGUAUGACGGCUGUGUGGUCCCAUGGUGUUUAUACUUGCGUACUAUUGUUUGUACAGAUGAAUGUGGUACCUUCAGGUGUUUGGAAAUUGCUCCCAAGAAUGAACCAGACUUGUGGUGGUCCACAAUCUUUUUUCUGAGGUCUUGGCUGAGUUCUUUUGAUUUAUUUUCCCAUGAUGUCAAGCAAAGAGCCAUUGAGUUUGAAGGUAGGCCUUGAAAUACAUCCACAGGUACACCUCCAAUUGACUCAAAUGAUGACAAAUAGCCUAUCAGAAGCUUCUAAAGCUAUGACAUAAUUUUCUGGAAUUUUCCAAGCUGUUUAAAGGCACAGACACUAAGAUGAAUGUAAACUUCUGACCCACUGGAAUUGUGAUACAGUGAAUUGUAAUUGAAAUAAUCUGUCUGUAACAAUUGUUGGGAAAAUUACUUGUGUCAUGCACAAAGUAGAUGUCCUAACCGACUUGACAAAACUAUAGUUUGUUAACAAUAAAUUUGUGGAGUGGUUGAAAAA